AUGGCAGACACUGGAGAUGGACCACAUUCGGGGGGAGAUCUGACAGAUGCAAGAUCUGUUCCUGGUUUCAAAGGAAAGAACCUACCUGCAAGCAAGUCUCUGGACUCUGGAAUUCUGCCAGAAUACAGUUACAGAAUGGAUUAUCCAGAGAUGGGGAAAUGUGUAAUAAUAAACAACAAGAAUUUCCACAGAGAGACUGGGAUGUUACCCCGCUCGGGUACAGAUGUAGAUGCUGCAAGCGUCAGAGAAAUUUUUAUGGAUUUGGGAUAUAAAAUAAAGAUCAACAAUGAUCUUUCAUGUGGGGACAUUUUUAAACUAUUGAAAAAUGUUUCUGAGGAAGACCACAGCAAGCGGAGCAGCUUUGUGUGCGUGUUGCUAAGCCAUGGUGACGAAGGCCUGAUCUAUGGUACAGAUGGCCCUCUUGAGCUGAAAGCACUAACCAGCCUCUUCAGAGGGGACAGGUGCAGAAGCUUAGCAGGAAAACCCAAGCUCUUUUUCAUUCAGGCUUGCAGAGGGACAGAAUUAGAUUCUGGUAUUGAGGCAGACAGUGGAUCAGAAGAAACAAUGUGUCAAAAAAUACCAGUGGAGGCAGAUUUCCUGUAUGCAUAUUCUACAGCUCCAGGCUAUUACUCCUGGAGGAAUUCAGCCGAAGGGUCCUGGUUUAUCCAGUCACUCUGCAAAAUGCUGAAGGAACACGGGAGGAAACUUGAACUCAUGCAGAUUCUGACUCGUGUGAACCGCAGAGUGGCAGAGUACGAGUCCUGCUCCACCCGGCAGGACUUCAAUGCAAAGAAACAGAUUCCGUGCAUUGUCUCUAUGCUCACCAAAGAGUUCUACUUCCCUUGCUAAAAGAAUUU